CGAGGGAGUGACGUCACCACCGCCGGACUGCCGCGAGGGGGGGCGGCGGGUUGGAGAAGAAUGACAGAUUGGACCGGAAAUUCGGAUCAAAGCCCCGCCCUCGACAUCACAUGCCAGGCAGCCGGUCGGUUCUCCGGCUACUUGAUCCAUAAUGACCGCGAUCCCCAGCAUGUCGGCGGACGGGAGCUCUGCGAUGGUAACUCCGGUUGAGCCGAGGAUGAGGAGCGAGGAAGAGAGGCUCGGGACUUUCCGUGACUGGCCGAGAGAUGCCCCGGUUACCGCAGUCGGUCUUGCCGAAGCUGGGUUUUACUUUAUUGGGCCCGGGGAUAAGGUGCGAUGUUUCUGUUGUGGUGGAGUGCUGAGGUACUGGGUUCGCGGUGACACCCCACUGGGCGAACAUAAGAAGCACUUUCCGACAUGCGGCUUUGCGCUGGGCAGAAACGUGGGAGACAUUCAGGACUUUGCUGGACGGGGUUCUGCUGACGACGUGGACGGUCAGCUGGUCAGCCAGCUGCAGAGGAUGACCGUGGAUGACCCGGCUGUCCUGGGACAGGCAGUGUACCCAGACAUGGAGGCAGAGGAGUCGCGGGUUACUACUUUUCAGGACUGGCCCACCGAUUCCUCGGUCCAACCGGACGUUCUGGCCAGAGCUGGUUUCUUCUAUACCGGACGCGGUGACAAUGUGAAGUGCUUCUACUGUGAUGGAGGCCUGAGGAACUGGGAGCCUGGGGACGAUCCGUGGCAGGAGCACGCCAAGUGGUUUCCACGAUGCGAGUUUCUGCUUCAGGCGAGAGGACGCGAAUACGUCAGCAGCGUGCAAGACUCAUACUUCAGUACAAGUGAAACCCUGAGUGCAUCUCCGAUAUCUACUGCAAGAGACCCCAAUUCUGGACAUGAUACACUGACCUAUCAGGGCUCCUCUUCAGCCUUGAUGACCCCAGUCAUCCACACAGUGCUACAGAUGGGGUUUGAAGCCAAUCUGGUGGAGAGUCUGGUCCAAACCAAGUAUCUGCUGACAGGUACCUGCUACACCUCCGUGUCCGACCUAGUGGCAGAUGUGCUGCAGGCAGAAGAGGAGGACAGGAGGAGAUCCCAGCAGGCCAGAGAUCCUGGAGUGAGUCAAGGACAUAGCGCUGGACAGGAGAGGAUUCAGACCCGGGCCAGAGAUAAAGCAGCGGGGGAGCUGAGUGCCGAGGAGCAGCUGAGGCAGCUGCAGGAGGAGCGAACCUGCAAGGUCUGCAUGGACAAGCUGGUGUCUAUGGUCUUCAUACCCUGUGGACACCUUGUGGUCUGCACUGACUGCGCAGCCAGUCUGCGAAACUGCCCCAUCUGCCGUGCCAUCAUCCGGGGCAGCGUCCGCGCAUUUAUGUCCUGACAGGCCUUUCCAGGUGUUGGGAUAUUUCUGAUGAAGAAUGAACUCAUGGCUAGAAAACAGGGGAUGAAUUUGAAGCGAUUGUUCCACUAACCGGUCGCCUGGGCCUCUGAUGUGGAUUGAACUGUCACAUGUUGAGUUUGACGGUGUUGCCAGGACACCAGAGAAUUCCAGUCCUUCACUCCCCCUCCAAGCAUAACAGAAACUAAAAUGACCUACCUGAUAAUAAAGACAUUAUUUUGUUGCUGAAAUCUGCAUUAUAUUUAUAUAAACAUUACUAAAAUAAAUGCACCAAUUUAUUUUAA